CAAGAUCGAAAACAGGCAAGAGCAACACAAUAUAAAUUAGCAAUGUAACCCAUUACUCUUGAAGCGAAAUAUUUAAAAACACUUUUUUUCUCUACUCAGCUCUUAUCUACUUUAUUUGAAGCUUCAAUUAUGACAUCUUUAUUUCCGCAAUCUAAAAAAACCAUAUUCCUGGAGAUCAAAGAAGGCAUGCCCUUGGAUCCCUUCAGUAUGUCCGAAGCAUAUCCAAUUCUGGGAACAAAAGAAGAAGGCUACUCUCCAAUUUACAGAAAUAUGAGGACCCAAGAGGGUUUGAUUAGCACACCGCAUCCAUCAAUCACAACAUUGAAACACGUUUUCGACGUAGGCAAGGAAAAUUUUCCCAAUUCCAAUUGUAUCGGUGUCAGAACACUUCAAACGGAUGGUUCAUAUGGUGUUUACAAAUGGGAAAACUAUAGUCAGAUCGACGAGAUCCAAAAAAAGUUUGGCGCAGGGGUGUUUUUUAUUCUCCAGAAUAACCCUUUCAUCACUGAGUCUGAAGCACAUUCGAAAAUCAUGGAGCAUCAUAAUGUCGUGAAAGAACAAGAGAUGUCUUUCAUAUUAACAAUCUACUCCCAUAACCGCCGGGAAUGGUGUAUCACUGAUUUGGCUUGCUCAGAAUAUUCCAUCACCAAUACUUCGUUGUACGACACUUUGGGAAAAGAUACAGCCGAACAUAUCCUUGGAUUGACCGAGUCGCCAAUUGUUGUGUGCUCUAAAGAUAAAAUUGAGCAACUUAUUAUCUUAAAGGAGAAUAAUCCGGAACUAUUGUCAAACCUUAUUGCUGUCGUGCUGAUGGACCGUCUUAGCCCACUAGAUGAUGCAAUGAUCCAAAGAAGCAAGCUUGCAAAAAUAGCCGUAUAUGAUUUUGACCAGGUGGUGGAAUUGGGGGGCUUAUCCCCGGUUGUUGCAGAGCAUCCAACUGCAGAAACUGUUUACACCAUUUCUUUUACUUCUGGAACAACAUCGAUGCCUAAAGGUGUGGUCUUAACCCAUGCAAAUGCUGUUUCGGGCGUGACCUUUUGCUUAAGCGGUCUUAAAAUAAAUGAUGAACCUCGGUUCUACUGCUUUUUGCCACUUGCUCACAUUUACCAAAGAAUGGUGACCAAUUAUGCCUAUCUCAUUGGAUCAGCUAUGGGUAUGCCGCAAUCCGCAUCACCCUUGGGUUUAAUUGAUGAUUUAAAAGAGUUGAAGCCACAUUCUUUAGCUUUAGUUCCUCGAGUUUUCACUAAGCUUGAAUCCGCAAUCAAAGCUCAAACAAUAAACAACACGGACAAGCCAAUUUUGCAAAAGCUUUUUGCUAAUGCAGUCAAAGCAAAAACUGAAAUGAUGCUGCAAGCUGAUGGAGCUGAAGGCAGGCACAUUUUCUACGACCGUUUAAUUGGCCUUCUCCGCAAAAAAUUGGGAUUCACUGAUAUCAUUUCAGUAAGCUCGGGUUCAGCCCCAAUAUCUGUUGAGACCGUGAAAUUCUUGAAAUCCACUUUGAAUAUGGGAUUUUCUCAGGGCUAUGGUUUGACUGAAUCAUUCGCAGGAGUCUGCGGGUCUUUGCCAUACGAAGCGGAUCCAGGGUCUUGUGGACCGGUUUCAAUUACUACUGAGAUCAAAUUAAGGGAUCUUCCUGUUAUGAACUAUACAUCUGAAGAUGCUGGAGGCCCUCGCGGUGAAUUGAUGUUACGUGGCCCUCAAAUAUUCAGAGAGUACUACAAAGAUCCCCAAGAAACCGCAAAGGUUAAGGAUAAUGAGGGAUGGUUUAGUACUGGAGAUGUUGCAAGCAUCGACAAGAAAACUGGAAGAAUUUUCAUUAUUGACAGGGUGAAGAACUUCUUCAAGAUAGCCCAAGGAGAGUAUAUCACUCCGGAGAAAAUCGAGAAUACAUAUCUCUCCGCAUUUCCACUUUUAUCGCAGAUACUAGUUCAUGGUGACUCCCUCAAAACAUACUUGGUAUCAAUAAUUGGAGUUGACCCUGAAACUAUCAAGCCGUGGAUCAAAAAGAAUUUCGAGAAAAGCCAAUUCACGAAUGAAAGCAUCAUUCGAUUCAUGAAUGAGGAUGAGGUAAAAGUGCGUUUUUUGAAAGACAUGAACGCCUCUGUUGGGGACUCAUUACAUGGAUUUGAGCGCGUGCACAAUCUUCGUAUUGCCAUCGAACCUAUGAAGAUUGAAGAUGAUAUCAUUACACCUACGAUGAAAAUCAAACGUGUGAAAGCUUCUAAAUUUUUUCUGAAAGAAUUCUCCGAGAUGUAUGAGGAAGGCUCUUUGUUGAGAGUACAUGAUACGAAGUUGUAAUGGAAGCGUCAUUCUUUUUCGGGAUGCAAAUGACUUAGUUCAAUCAAUUGUAAAAGCAAGACUGUAUGUGCGUAUUGGCGAGUAUUUAAACGUAUUUGUAUGGGUUCAUAAUACCGUUUGGAUCAUAAUGGUUCUUUACGUUUUUGAUCAAUUGAAUCUCAAGAUCGUUCUUUGAGUA